ACCAACUAUAUAUAAAAAUAAAACCAUAUACAAUAUAAUCUUCUCUGCUACUAGCUAGCUCAUAUAAUUAAUUAAUUAAUUAAUUAAAGUAGAGACUAUGGCAGCCAUUAAUGGUGGAUUUAAGGUAGCAAUGGUGGUUGUAAUAAUAUUUGUAGGAGGAACUGCCAAUGCCCAAUUAUCCUCAAAUUUUUACUCCUCAUCAUGUCCUAACCUUUUUACCAUUAUCAAAACUGCUGUGGAUUCUGCCGUCGCAUCCGAUCCUCGAAUGGGCGCCUCGUUGCUUCGCCUCCAUUUCCACGACUGCUUUGUCGGUGGGUGCGAUGGGUCGGUUUUGCUGGACGACACGGCAAACUUCACCGGAGAAAAAACUGCCCGUCCGAAUGCCAAUUCUUUGAGAGGUUUCGACGUGAUCGACACCAUCAAAGCUUCCGUCGAGAGGUCCUGCCCCGGCGUCGUUUCCUGCGCCGAUAUUUUGGCUGUGGCCGGCCGAGACGGCGUCGUUGCAUUGAGAGGGCCAAGCUGGCGAGUGACGCUUGGGAGAAGAGACUCAACCACUGCAAGCUUGAGUGCUGCAAACAGCCAAAUCCCAGCACCAACCUUGAAUCUUUCUGCCCUAAUUACUUCCUUCUCUAAUAAAGGCUUCAAUACCCGGGAGCUCGUUGCCCUCUCGGGGUCGCACAGCAUAGGGCAGGCGCGGUGCACGACAUUCCGGACGAGAAUAUACACCGAAACCAACAUAAACGCGGCGUUCGCAACGGCGGCGAGGGGACAGUGCCCGCAAAGCGGCGGCGACAACAACCUGUCGCCGCUGGACAACCUCAGCCCCAACGUAUUCAACAACGAUUACUUCACAAACCUGGUCGGGCUCAGAGGUCUGCUCCAUUCCGACCAGCAGCUCUUCAACAAUGUCUCUACCGACGCUCAGGUAAGAGCGUACGCCGCCAACUCAGCCUCCUUCUUCAACGACUUCGCCAGCGCCAUGGUCAAGAUGUCAAACCUCGCCCCACUCACAGGCACCAGUGGCCAAAUCAGAACCAACUGCAGGAGGGUUAACUAAUAAUAAUAUUAUAAUCACAGUUUUGAAUUUUAAUUGAAUUUUAUAAUUUCGAUGCAUGCAUGCGUGCUUUGAUUUGAUUUAAAUAAAUAAUUAAUUAAAUGGUUGCCUGGCUGAUGAAAUAGGCAAUGCAUUGAUUAAUUUGGUACUAGUACUGUUUAAUUUCUUGUCUGUGCUGUUGUAUGUCGUGUCGCUGUUGCAUGGAACAUCCUAAGUUUGAUGAUAUGAAAUAAUUAAAUUGCUGUUUUAC